AUGAAUAGUUCCAAAGAUGACGACAGUUUGACAAUAAAUAUUCAUAGUAAUUCUGCUAGUACUAAUAAUAAAAGUAAACUAAAGUCACCAUUUUUAGCAAAUCAUUUAAAAAAUGGAGAAAUUCUAUCAGAUAAUAAAAUUCCAACAACGACAAUGUACGCACCGGGUACAAGUGAUCCACGACGUGUUAAAUCUUGUCUUUGGUCAACUGUUAUAUUUACAAUUAAUUUUGUCUCAUCCAUAGCUGUUAUUAAUUUAGCAAAAUGGAUUUAUGUUAAAUAUCAUUUUCCAAAUUUAACAUUAACAAUGUUAAACUUUUUUAUUACAUUUAUUCUAUUAAUCAUUUGUUUAUGGAUUAAAUUAUUUCAAGCAAUUCGAUUACCAAUAUUAAAUAUGAUACCCGUUUCAGUAGCGUUUGGUGGGUUUAUAGCAUUUAGUAAUUUAUCUUUACAGUACAAUACUGUUGGAACAUAUCAACUAAUUAAAUUACAAGUGACACCAACUGUUAUGAUCAUUAGUUAUCUGUUUUUAAAUACUCAUUAUCCUCUACCAAUUAUAUUAUCAUUUGUUCCAGUUUUUACUGGGACACUUAUUUCAACCUAUUACGAUUUACAAUUUAAUACAUAUGGUUUAGUGUGCGCAUUACUUAGUGUCAUGUUUACAGCUAUCUACCAAAUAUUAGUUGAAUAUUAUCAAAAAAAAUAUAAUUGUGAUUCAUUACAAUUAUUAUUUUAUCAGGCACCAUUAUCGGGUUUAUUAAUGUUAUUAGUUGUACCCUAUUUUGAACCAAUACAUAAUUUAGAUAAAUUUUUUAGUCAAGAAAUAUUAUUUCUUAUUGUAUUAUGUGGAAUUAUUGCAUUUUUUGUUAAUUUUAGUAUAUUUUGGGUUAUUGGUAAUUUAUCAGCUGUUGCAUAUAAUAUGAUUGGACAUUCAAAAACAUUAUUAAUUAUCGUCAUUGGCUCUCUCAUAUUUCAUGAACCAUUAAAUCAUCGACAAGUAUUUGGUAUUUGUUUUACAAUGAUCGGUGUUUUUAUGUAUAGUUAUUUUAAAUAUAUUAAAAAAACUGGUACAAAAUAUAGUUCAGAAAGAACCUAA